AUGAUCGAGAUGUCAAGCCGACAGCAGUUGUACCCUACGAUCAUCGCUAACAACGACACUGGUGACUCUGAAUCGAAGACUUGUGGUAAAAUCCUUGUGAUUUUAUCAUGGGUCCUUGUUGUAGUCACCAUGCCCUUCUCUCUUUUUGUUUGUUUUAAGGUUGUACAAGAGUACGAGCGCGCUGUCAUCUUCCGCCUAGGUCGUCUUCUGUCUGGAGGAGCGAAGGGUCCCGGUAUCUUCUUUAUCCUGCCGUGCAUCGACACGUACGCUCGGGUUGAUCUCCGCACACGCACUUACGACGUUCCACCACAAGAGGUACUAACGAAGGACUCGGUGACAGUCUCAGUGGACGCAGUGGUGUACUACAGGGUCCAUAACGCCACCAUCUCCAUCGCCAACGUGGAGAACGCGCACCACUCCACCAGGUUACUUGCGCAGACGACACUCCGCAACACAAUGGGCACGCGGCCGCUGCAUGAGAUUCUGAGUGAACGGGAGACCAUCUCCGGAAAUAUGCAGAUCUCUCUGGAUGAAGCCACCGAGGCUUGGGGCAUCAAGGUGGAACGAGUUGAGAUCAAAGACGUGCGACUGCCUGUCCAGCUCCAACGGGCCAUGGCCGCGGAGGCUGAGGCAGCGAGAGAGGCCCGGGCGAAGGUAAUAGCGGCUGAGGGAGAGCAGAAGGCUUCGAGGGCCCUUCGAGAGGCCUCCGAGGUCAUCGGAGACAGCCCCGCGGCGCUUCAGCUGCGCUACUUGCAGACGCUCAACACAAUAUCGGCUGAGAAGAAUUCAACAAUAGUAUUCCCAUUGCCCAUCGACCUUCUGACUUAUUUCAUCAAAGCCAAAGAAGAGGCAUAAAAUACUCAUAAACUGUUAGGUAUGUGUCAAUGUGAAUGCAAUUCCACACCGUAACCCUAUAAAUGAUACACUGCUAAAGUUAUCAAACGGGUUGAAGUUAGUAUCAAAUGAGUUUUGCAUAAAACCGGUCGUAUUUUACUUGCUUUGAGCGUCCCCUGAACUUUAUAUGAAAAUUGUUAAUGGGCGCAACAAAAAUCGAGACAUUUAUUGUUCUUUAUACGAAACGGUGUUCUUAUUUUAAAAUUUCAGAACGAGUCAAUGAUUGAAAGUACUUACUUGCAUUCAGAACUAUAUCAUACUAGAUUCAUUUGAGAACAGUUUAGAUCGAUAAAGUUCUAUCUCAGAGUUCUAUGCAAACUAGACGGCUUAUGCUGCGACAUUUGAUGGGUUAGACAAUGCGCGGGAUUGCAACAUCGAAUCUGAUUAAGUAAGAUUAUUACUUUUUUUUUCACAUUUACAUAUUUUUUGCAACAUUCAAACUAUCAUAUA